GGUUUUCUAUGAAUUACUGUAUUAGUAAGAAUUGAAUAGAAUUUGAGAGCGUAUGUCCAAUUCGUGAUUCUGGGAUUGAGAUGAGCUACGGCAAUCUUAAAGUAUGGCGACAUAAAGCCCUAAUUCUUGUAAAAGGGGUUAGAAAUUACAGCUCAAAUUCGCGUCUGAGCGUGAAUCUGGAGAAGCUGGGGCCUUUGAUAAUGAAGCGAAUCGCGCAAACCAAGAAUGAUCCCCUCAAACAGACGCUUCCGGUGGCGCGUGAAGUCCUCCGAGCACGAAACGCUCUUUACGACGGCGUAUCAAUCCUCAUUCGCCACAUUCCGGUCUGGACUUGCAAAUAUUGCCCGGAAGUUUAUAUAGGCGAAAGUGGUCACUUGAUCCGAACAUGUCAUGGCUACCGGCAUCGUACAAAUAAAAAGUUCCACGAAUGGGUAAAAGCAAGCAUAAACGAUGUUAUAGUCCCUGUAGAGGUUCUCCAUCUGCAGAAGAAGAUAUUCCCGGAUGUCAAUGAAAGAUUUGAUCAUCAAUGCAUUCCUGCAGUUGUGGAGCUUUGCCUGCAGGUUGGAGUGGAUGUCAACGACCCAAGUACUACUUCAUCUAGUCUGAUUACUCCACCAUUUCCACAUUAUGGUCAGACACUGAUAGCCCGACAAACCAUGAAUGCAUGGGAGGUGCUUCGGUCUGGAGUCCACAAGUUACUGUGUGCUCAUCCGGUGAGAGUGUGCAAAUUCUGUAAGGAAGUGCAGGUUGGGCCAUCGGGGCACAGAGCACGAGCAUGUGGGGUGUUGAAGGAUGAGAGUUCUCAUUGGUGGAAGAGGGCGUUUGUGGAGGACUUAGUCCCGUCUAAUGUGGUUUGGUCCAGACGCCGACAGGAUGCAGCUGUGCUCGUUGAUCAGGGUCGCAAGUAUUAUGGUCACGCCCCUGCUGUUGUGGAUCUGUGCAGUAAGGCUGGUGCAUUGGCCCCAUCUAAAUACUUCUGCAUGAUGAAAGUUGAUGGAUUCACUGCUCCCCCUAAAUCGUCUGUGUGAUCUUAUAUUCAACUACCGUGGCCGGCGACGAUAUGGUGGUUGAUUGAUUGGCGUGAUUUCAAACAGUUUGUUAGAACUUGGAAGAGAAGAAUUGAGAAGAAUGAGGGUUUUAGAGUAGAAAUUGGGAUUUUUUUUACCCCAAUGGUUGGUUUAUCCUAUAGUGAUUUUCUGCAAAACAUCAAGAGCAACAGUUUUUGUAUACAGUAUAUACCAGACUACCAGUAGUACCCUCUGUGUCAUUUCGAUCAUUAAUUAUUUUUAGGUGUAAUUUGAAACUUAUUAUUUUUUAA